CUGCGCGAAACUUCAGACCAAGCCUGUAGUAAGCAACUCUUAGCAGCCAGGCGUCUGGGGGUUCCUUUGCAGUUUUUUUUCUCAGGUUUUCUACUGAGACAACGUGCCAUUUUUUUUUUCCCAUGUUCCACGAGGUGUUGCGAGGCUCACUUCCACCCAGAGUGCUGCCUUUUCUGGCAGCAGUACUUUUCCAAAGAAAGGAGAGAAAGGAGAGUGGAUUUUACCACUGUCGGUGGGAGAAGCACCCUUACUACAACCUAACAGUAAAAGUCCUCAGAGCAAGAAACAUCAAGGGUACGGAUCUGUUGUCGAAGGCAGACUGCUAUGUGGAGCUGAAACUACCCACUGCAUCUCCUCAUGUCUUCCGAACUCAAGUUGUUGACAACUCUGAUAACCCAGAGUGGAACGAAACAUUCCAGUAUCGAAUCCACAGUGCUGUCAAGAACAUUCUGGAAUUAACCCUCUAUGACAAGGAUGUCCUAAUCAGUGAUGAACUCACUUCCAUUGUCUUCGAUGUAGGAGGCAUGAAGCCGGGUCAGCCCCUGCUGCGCACUUUCAAGCUGAACCCAAAGGAUAAUGAAGAGCUGGAUGUAGAGUUCUAUUUGGAGAAAUGCUCAGAUGCUCCUAUGGAGGUAUUGACCAAUGGAGUGCUUGUGGUUCAUCCUUGUUUGUUUCUACAAGGCACCCUCAACAAAGAGGGAAAAACAAAGGAGAAACAGCAAGGUAACUGUGAAGUCAAGCUGUCUGUUCCAGGCGCUUAUCAGAAGCAGUUGCGUAUUCCUUGGAGUCUGGACGAUGAGGAGGAAAAUGGAACCUCCUUUGUCUUUCAUGUGGACAAAGAAAUGCUUCCAGAACUGCAAGUGGAACUGGAACAAACCCUAUCUUUCCUACAGGAUGGAACGAACCCUGAUGUUGAAAAGCAUUCUACAGUUCUGGGACAGGGGACUGUACCAGUUAAUUCCCUUCCUAUUGGAAAAAAAGUUGAUAGAGUUGUUUCUCUGGGAGAGGGAGAAAAUUUGGAUAUAAGUUUGAAAGCUGAAGAGAGCACUUGGGAUCUAGAUAUACGACUGGGUUUUGACCUCUGUAAAGAGGAGAGAGAAUUUGUGGACAAAAGGAAGAAAAGAGUUUCUGAAGCACUGAAGAAGGCUCUUAACUUAAAGCAAUCCCCCCAGAGAGAUGAGGUUCCAAUUGUAGCAGUACUGGGGUCUGGAGGUGGGAUGAGAGCACUGACAUCAUUCUAUGGCAGUCUAGCUGGCCUUCAGCAGCUGGGCCUUCUUGAUGCUGCAGUGUAUCUGAGUGGGAUUUCUGGAUCUACUUGGUGUUUAUCAACAUUGUAUCAAGACCCUGACUGGUCACAGAAGGACCUUCAAGAUGCAAUUAACAGAGCUCAGAGGACUGUAUCCAGCAGCAAAGGAGGGGCAUUUUCCCCAGAACGACUGAAAUACUAUUUCCAGGAGUUGAAUGCAAUGGAGAGUAGCGGACGGAAAGUUUCCUUCACUGACUUGUGGGGCCUUAUUGUGGAGUAUUUCUUACAACAGAAGGAAGAUCCAUCAAAGCUGUCUGAUCAGCAAGAAGCAGUGAAAUGGGCCCAGAACCCUUAUCCUAUCUAUGCAGCUGUCAAUGUGAGACCCAAUAUUAGCAGUGGUGACUUUGCAGAAUGGUGUGAGUUUACUCCCUAUGAAGUUGGGUUUCGCAAAUACGGGGCUUUUGUCCGAACAGAAGACUUUGACAGUGAGUUCUUCAUGGGAAGGCUCAUCCAGAAACAUCCAGAGCCUAGGAUUUGUUUUCUACAAGGAAUUUGGGGCAGUGCCUUUGCUGCAAGCUUAGAUGAUAUCUGCUUGAAAGUGGUUGGUAUAGGAUUGAGCUUUCUAGAUCCGUUCAAAGAUGUUAUCAAAGUUAUAGAUGACUGCAGAAGAUUUCAUUUCCGAGAUCCAACACGACUGAAGACUCGCUUGAUUGUACCUGGUGGCCCCUUGUUGCAGAUUUUCCAGGAUUUCUUCAAGUCCCGGGUCACAUGUGGAGAGACCUUCAACUUCAUGCAGGGAUUAUAUCUUCAUAAAGAUUAUGUUAAGGUCAAGGAAUUUGUGGUUUGGAGAGGCACUCAUCUGGAUGCAUUUCCCAACCAGCUGAGCCCUAUGGAAGAGAACUUAUAUUUAGUGGAUGGCGGCUUUUCUAUCAACUCUCCCUUUCCACUGGUACUUCAACCAGAGAGGGAUGUGGAUGUUAUUUUAUCAUUCAAUUUUUCCUGGGAAGCUCCAUUUGAGGUUUUAGAGCUGACUCAGCAAUAUUGUGAGGAGCGAGAAAUACCUUUUCCAAAAAUCAAAGUGAGUGAGGAAGAUGAGAAGAAACCCAAAGAGUGUUAUGUGUUUGUGGAUGAUGAUAAUCCAAAGGCUCCCAUUGUGCUCCAUUUCCCAUUGGUGAAUGACACCUUCCAGAAAUACAAAGCUCCAGGAGUUAAACGUGAGUCAGAAGAUGAGAAAUCCUUUGGUGACUUUGUCAUUGAGACAAAAGAUUCUCCUUAUCGUACACUAAAUUUCACCUUUGAGCCAUAUGAUUUCAGCAGGUUAGUGGAAGUAAAUCGCUACAAUGUCCUAAACAGUAGGGACACUCUCUUCAGAACUCUGAACUUGGCUCUGCAAAGGAGAAAGCUGAAGAAUGUCGUCAACGCAGCCAACACAUGAGCAGCUUCCAUAACAGGAUAAAGACAGGCUGCAGUGUUCAAACUGGAAACUGUCUUUCUGAGAAGGGAGUAGAGAAUGUGACACUGAAAUUUCACUCAAGGAAUCAUGCUCUUAGCAACAUGCUCUGUUGCUCUGUACAACACCAUUAUCUCUUGGGUUUUUCUAUGUUAAGCAGGCAAUAGAGGUAUGUUUGUGUGGUGAAGAGUAGAGUUACCUAGCCCAGUUUCUCAUCUAAUGGUGGCUGAUGACUAGAGAGAUCCAUGCAAAUAGUGCAAGCAUCUGGAGAUAAUCUUCAAAAUUCCCCUGGUUUGUGGGUGAAGGAUUUUCUGUCAAAGAUGUGUAAGGAAACACUGAUUUCUUCCAUACCUUUCUUGCUUUUUGAACCUCCAUAGAGUGUAAUCAUUUACAUCAUCUGGCCUUGAAUUCCACUCAUUAUAACCAUGCACUGAAAUACAAAACGUGUCCUUUUGCUUUCAACUUGCUGCUGACUGAUGCCUAUGUAUUUGAAAACACAGGAAGGAAGGCUCCUAGGAAGAGUCUGAGUUAGAUUUUUUUUUUUUUCUUUACGCUUUCACACUUGUGCUUGCAAUUCAGGUAGACCUUUGUUCAGGGAAUUAAUUUGUGUUUUCAUGUUAUAGAAACAUUGAUGGUCAAGGUGGGAAUGCUUUAAAAAUGUUAAUAAAUAAAAUAACAUCAGGUGGUGCUAUGCUAAAGGGUGGAAUUGACCUCCUUUUGCAGAAAGCUCAGAGAAAAGGACUGUGUUACAUCUUUGGAAAAUACUUAAUACAAAAGGCUGGUGAAGUAGUGUUGUUUACUUUUUUGGCUUUUAGAUAGAGCUGUAUGUACUGGUUUUGUAUUUGAAAAUUGAAAACAAGAUUUUUUUCUUUCUGAAAUGAUAAAAAGGCUUAUGAACAGAUGUGGUUCUUGAUUUCUUUUUUGUGUUCCUCUUUUAAUAAAUUUUACUUUUGAUAACA